AUGUUGGGCGUGAGGGGAAGAAUAUUCAGUUUGAUCGUUGCAGCUGAUCGUUACGGUGAGUGGGUGUUAACAUUACAACAGUUAUCACUAUUGCCACCGCAGUUGAGUGAGCAGGAGAUGACUGACGAGGAGCAUUGCGAUUCUCGAACUGAAGACGACUAUGAAGAAGGCGAGGAAGCAUAUGAUGACGAAGGUACUCUGGAUGAAGAAGAAAUGCUGCAUCCAGAAGAGAACUAUCAAGAUGAGCUUAAAAUGCUAGAAGAUGAUGCUAAUUUAUCCAUCGAAGAACUGAGACAGAAAUAUUGUGACGCUGUUGCCGAUGAAGAAUAUGAUGAUACGCAGUCCACAUCAACAUCAGAUGGUACCCGUAAGUCGGAAGGCAUAGAUGAUGUAGCUGCGAAUCCUGAUUUCGCGGAGCAAGGUGAUCCUUCAUUUCCUUCACAUUAUAUGUGGCCAUAUCGCCAGUUACACCUUCCAAAAAGGAAAAAAGAGUAUGGCUAUUUCUCGGAUGUUGAUGAUAAUGAAGAAGAUACUGAUUAUGUGCCGCCUGAUCGUUGGCGAAGGAUUGUGAGGCAAGGACCAAUGUAUCAGGCCUUUGUCCCUGAUACAAUUUCGACGGAUCCCAAAAGUCCACGAGGAGAGCUUGAAAUGCUUCUAUGGUCACCUCAUAGUGAUGUAUCAAUGAAGAAAGUCGAAGAGUAUUUGAAGAAUUAUUAUGACAGGGUACUGCAAAACAGUGAUUCAUGUUUCCCGAUCGAAACGCGUAAACCUGGAAAUUCAAAUCGAAGUUUUCCUAUAAAGGAUGAUGAAGACGCUCUGAAAGCUCUACUGAAUGCGAAAUACAAUACGAGCGUGGCAUUGGCCAGUUAUCCAUUUCCCAGGGCUAAUGCCCCUCUAAAGAGUACUGGACCGAAUCCUGCCAAAUGGAAUGAUCAGGACUGCGAACUUUUCGAAAGAGGUAUGCAGAUGUAUGGAAAAAAUUUUUGCCUUAUCAAACGAUUGUUACCUCAUAGGACUGUCGGUGAAAUAGUACAUUUCUACUACAUUUGGAAGAAAACGGAACGACAUGAUAUGUACCAAGAACGACUUCGUGGAACAAAAAACCAAGACCAUCCCAACAGCACUGAUUUUAUGGGUGGAUUAAUGGAUCACAUGGAUGGAAGGAGUAAUGUGAAUGUAUUGGAUAUAGCGGCAAAUGGUGUUCCUGUUGAAAUGGAUUUGAUAAGUAAGGAUUGGGAUUGGAACAGUGGUGAAGAUAAUACGCUCCCUCAUUUGGAUGAUGAUACGAUUGCCAACGUAUUGCAAUGA